AUGGAAUUAAUAGAUGAGAAUAUUCCAAACUUCUUUCGUAACAAAGUGGUUUUGAUAACUGGAGGUACUGGCUUUCUUGGAAAAGUUUUGAUAGAGACAAUUUUGCGCUCAACUGAAGUUAAGGUAAUUUACGUUCUGGCUAGACCUAAAGAUGGACUUAAUGUUGAGGAACGAUUCAAGAAAAUUUUUAAUGAUGUGCUUUUUGAGAAACUUCGUUCCUUGCGGCCCAUGUUCGAGAAGUCCUUGAAAUAUAUCAACGGCGAUUGCAUAAAACCCCAAUUGGGUAUAUCAUAUGGUGAUCGUCUGGAACUGAUUAAGAAUGUCAACGUGGUUGUUCAUUGUGCAGCUACGGUGCGAUUUAAUGAGCCACUUAGCACUGCUCUUCAAAUCAAUGUUCAAGGGACCAUUGAAAUUUUAAAUUUAGCCAAAGAAAUGGCAAACUUAAAGUCCUUUGUGCAUGUCUCCACAGCCUUCGUAAACUGUGUGGAGCUUUAUGCUGAAGAACGUUUCUACAACGAUACAUUGCCAAUUAAAAGCGACCAAUUGCUGAAUAUAAAAGCUUCGCUAGGAAAUGUGAUAUUGGAUGAUUUUUCGACAAAACUGAUUGGCAAAUAUCCCAAUACCUACAGUUUUACCAAAGCCAUAACUGAGGAAGCUGUGCAUAGAUAUGGCAGUUCAUUGCCUCUAUUUAUUCUAAGACCAGGGAUAGUAUAUCCGAUUUAUGAUGAGCCAACUCCGGGCUGGAUUGACAACAUGCAGGGUGGUGUAGCUGCAAUGUUUUGUAGUUCAAAGGGUGUUUUGAGAAUGAUGAAAGGUUCAUCAUUGACUCCAGCACCUUUGGUUCCAGUAGACUUCUGCAUUAAUAUGAUAAUGGCAGCUGCAUGGCAGACGGCAGUAAAGCAUAGAGAGAUAUCCCCAAAACUGCCCACUAUUUACAAUUUAGUUCCCGAAGAGACCAACACCAUUCAGUGGGGCACUGUUUGGAAAUACGUAAAGAUGAAUUUAAGACAUUGCCCAUUUUCUUCCAUGCUUUGGUAUCCCAUGUUUCUUUAUAUAAAAAAUAUUUAUUUCUAUCACUUUUUGGCUUUUAUAUAUCAAACAGUACCCGCUUAUCUCACAGAUGGUUUGCUAUGGCUUCUGGGCAAAAAAACCAGAAUGGUUAAAAUUAAUCGGAAAAUGCUUUUGCUAGCCGAUGUUUUGCACUACUUUAUAAGUCAUGAUUUUGUCUUUGAUAACUCCAACACCAAAAAGCUGUGGCAAGCCAUGUCGCCUGAGGAUCGUAAGACCUAUAAUUUUGAUAUGUCCACUUUGAAUUGGCAGGACUAUAUGAGCAUGGUUGUAAUGGGUCUUAGGAAGUAUCUGGCAAAGGAAACAUCGGAGACAUUACCAAAGGCUAAGAAGUUGUGGAUAAGAUUCUUUCUUUUACAUUGCACAAUCCAUUGCCUGAUGAUUGUGGGUUUACUAUGGGUACUAGGACAUCCUUGGAAUUAA